UCAGACAGAGAGCAAAGAGAACGCGAAUUUGCUUUUGAAAAAUAGUUGGAACUGUUUUUCGGGUUGUUUAUUCCGGGUUAAAUCGCACCAAAGCACCACAAUUUAGCGUUAAAAGUGUUCGCUUGACCAUCCCUCAAGGAAACCAAUCAGUAUUGCCGCAGGAAAGGUGUUAAUUCCGGUCGAAUUGGGUGGAUUUUGUUUGGAAAUUGCACCGGUGGAACGUAUCAACUAACGAACCAGAUUUUGAUAAGCAAGAAAGGGAAAGUAAACAAGAUGUCGCACACGAUUCUGCUCGUUCAGCCGGCCCGGAAUCCGGAGACGCGAACGUACAGCGACUACGAGAGCGUAAACGAGUGCAUGGAGGGCGUGUGCAAGAUCUACGAGGAGCACCUGAAGCGGCGCAACCCGAACACGCCCACCAUCACCUACGACAUUAGCCAGCUGUUUGAUUUUGUUGAUCAGCUCGCGGACCUGAGCUGCCUCGUGUACCAAAAGUCGACCAACACGUACGCGCCGUACAACAAGGAGUGGAUAAAGGAGAAGAUUUACGUGCUGCUGCGGCAAGCGGCCGGAACCACCCCGUAAAUCCGCCCACCUACCAACAAACCAACCUACACACACUCUCAAAUCUACUACUAAACGGACGAAUAGACGACGACGAGGACGACAAACCGACAAGAUUUUUUUUUUCAAUUGUCUUUCAAUUAACUUUGAAUCUUCUACUCAUACAACAAAGAAAUAAUGCUAUCCUGUUUUUGUUUCUUUUAAUUCUGAGUAAAAAUAAAUGAAAUGAGAGAGGGGGGAAAUGGAGCCAGAAUUCUUCUAAUUGAAACAUUACAAACUACGAAACCGCGACUUGGGGGAAAGGAAGAAGAGUGCGAAAGACAGACGCUUUUGUGUAUUUAAUUUACAGAUUAAUUUUAAAUGAUAAGAUUUUCCCGCCAUGAAGUGUAAGGCGAGCCAGCGAAAACAAAGUAAUAAAAUCAAAUAAAAAUAAUGAUCGAUAAAA